CCACGUUGUGCGACGAGCGACGUCGCACUCCGCGCUGCGGGUGCGUCACUCCGUGCGGAUUUCUCGUGUCAGUUCGACGCGUUUAUACCUUAAACGAAUAUUUUAGUGACCACUUUAAUCGUAAACAUUAAAAAAUAUAUCAGUGUUUACAAUAAUCCCAUGAUAGCGAGUGAUACUACGUAAAGUUCAACCGUUAUUGAUAAACUCCGCGGCGUUGCCAAGUCGGUCGCUGCGUCGCACGUUGCCAGGCCGCAGCGAGCUCGUGUGAAAGCGUUGCGUAUUCAUUAUGGACACAUUUAUCAGUUAAUAUUAAAAAUACGAUAUCAAAAGAUUUCGUGCUAAAAUGAGGACAAAUAUCGUAACUAAUAACGUUUCAACUUUGUUGUCUAUAGUAAUAUAAUUUAAACAGGCCUUAUAUAUUAAGUACAUGACACGUGGUUCAUUCAAAAUGACGACGUACUUGUUGGACACCGAAACAUUUAUAAACGAAAUAAAGAAACACAAAGAACUAUGGGACGUGUCUAGUGACGGUUACAGGUACAAAACCAAGGACAAACAAAUUGCUUGGGCCCAUGUGGCGAGGGUUUUCAUUGCAGAUUUCGAUAACAUGAAAGAUGUUGAAAAAACAGAAGUUUAUCGCAAGCUACACAGCAAAUGGCGUAACAUACGCGAUGCGUACGUCCGGAAUCUAAAACGCAAAGAUGGUAAACGCGGUUACAUGUACGCGAAACACUUAACCUUCUUGAGCAGCAGGUACAACGAAAACCACACCAGCGAAGACGAAACCACUGACGAGGAGAAAAACGUGAGCAUCAACAAGCCUCGAAGCAUCGAAGUCACGACAAACAGUGACGAGGAAGCCUCGACCAUCGUCAACCUAAAACGGAGAAGAGUCGAGAAGUUUGAUAAGAUCGAAUUUGUCGAAACGCCGAACAUACAAACGGUCGAAACACAUUGCACGGAAGACGAAGACCGAUCGUUCUUCGAUUCAUUGUUACCAGCGGUCAGGGAGUUCGAUUUGGACCAGAAAUUGGAAUUUAGAUGCGAAGUUUUGAAAUUAAUCAAACAUAUUCGAUCGGAAGCAAUUACUUUUAAGCCCGAAUUUAAUACCAUAGAUUAUUAAUAAUUGUUACUUUAAGUAUAAGUGAAAAAAAAAGGUUAAAUAUACCAGUUAUAGUUUUUCA